AUGCGUCCGAGCUUUCACGUUCGAUGCGUGAACUCACCAAAAGUGCAUAAGAGAUCACUUCUACGCGCUUCAACGAGCGGACAAACUCUCCGUCCACGAUUCAAAUCUGCUAGAGGACCAGGAGGACCAUUUGCAUCACAUACGGGCGCUAGACGGUUUCAAGCGACUGCCGUGGAAUCAAAAACUAGUUUUUAUGAGGACCUGGGCGUCGCACCAACAGCGUCGAUAAACGAGAUUAAGAAGCGGUAUUACCAGCUUUCGAAGCAACACCAUCCCGACACUGCAGGCCCAGACUACGACGAAGCUGCUUUCCAUCGGAUACAAAUUGCGUACGAAACACUUAGUGAUCCUAGCAAAAAAGCAACCUAUGACCGCGCACGAGCCGCGCCAUCUGAAUCCUCACCGGGAUAUACUCAAACGUCUAAGACUCGCAAAAGGAGACAUCAUGCUGCAUAUGGUCACAACGCACCUCCGAUAAACGUCGGAUUCACACCGCGUGUUAGCUGGGAUCCUGAAUUCCGCAAGUUUUUCGACGACUUGUCGCAGAAGAUGAAGGCGCACGGGCUCAAUAUCGAGACGCUCACGUAUACCAACACAACACGUGCACCUCCUCCAGAGCUACUGCGCGAGCUCAUGAACGGCGAUUUGCUGGGUGCCUAUCUCAAGAAACGUCGAGAGCAGGGCAAAGAUCCACUGAGCGACAUCUUUCUCGCCCAUCAAGGGAGACAUCCUGCGGGGAUGCAAUGGCUACGAAGCCGCAUGUCGAUGCUCGAGCACGACGAGGCACGAAGGGACACAGCACGUGAAGCAGGCGGGGUAUGGGAACGUGGGAGCGUCAAACGACCCAAUGCAACGCGGCGACCCGCAUAUUCAACGGCGUACGAAGAUGCCAUGGCAGGCGCAGCAUAUUCGACUGGCUCCAGUUCAGGGUUUGGCGGGGCGCAUGAGCCUCAGAAGAGAGAGUAUACCCGGGGCCAUCAGCUGGACCCUCGGUUCGAGUCGGAUAGGAUGCAAAUGGUGGCUCAGGAGAAGCGAUUGGUAAAGGCUGUCUUUGCCGUUGCAUCCCUUGGCGUCGUUGCUGGUCUUGGUCACACGUUUGGGUUGUGGUAG